AUGUUUGUGAUCUUCAUACGUAUGUUAACAUUGGUAUGCUUGGCGGGAUAUUUGAAAUGCGAAGAAGAGAAUCCUUAUUUAAAGGCUAUAAAGACCUACAAAUGGAAAAGUAUUCAAGAAUAUGUUGAAGUUCGUCCCGGUGCAUAUCUAUUUUACUGGUUUUAUUAUGCCGAUGGAACUUCUACUGGAGCUGAUCGAAAACCUCUUAUUAUAUGGAUACAAGGCGGUCCGGGAUUAUCGUCUAGUGGGAUUGGAAAUUUUGCUGAAAUCGGUCCCCUCGAUAUGAAUAUGCAACCACGUAAUCAUACAUGGGUAAAGGGAAGAAAUUUGUUACUGAUCGAUCAUCCAGUCGGUACAGGCUUUAGCUAUGUAACGAAUAAAUCAUUGCUGGUAAAGACUGACAGGGAAAUGGCGAUAGACCUCACAAAAGUAAUAAAGGCGUUCUUUAAAACAAAUAAGCAAUUUCGUAAAACACCUACAUUCAUAUUCGGUCAAAGUUACGGAGGUAAAUUGAGUCCGAGAUUGGGCGUUUAUUUGAACACGGCAAUUGAAAAGAAGCGACUCAAGAUGAAUUUGAGAGGGAUUGGAAUUGGUAGCGGUUGGGUGGAUCCGAAAGAGAGUACUUUAGUUCAACCAAAUUUUCUUUAUAACAUGGGAGUAAUUGAUAUUAAUACUUAUCAAAAGGCGAUGAGUUUAGUGAAGAAAAUGGCUAACUACAUCGAUAAAAAAGGUUAUGUGUACGCAGAAAAAUUGAAUACAAUAAUGUUUGAAACAUUAAAUAACGAAGCAGGAAUGGAAAUUAAUUUUAAUAACAUAAAUCAAGUCAACCCAUAUACAGCAUUAGAAGAAUUGGCGAAGAAAAUCAAUAAAUAUGUCAAGCCGACGCUAUCACAUUUAGUUAAUCAAAGCUUGGAAUGGACAUAUUUAUCAGAAGAUGCUUUUUAUAAAUUGAAUAACGUGUUCUUUGUGCCAUCCAGUUCUUUCUUAGAAAAAUUGCUUAAUAAAACGAAACUGAAGAUAGCAGUCUAUAACGGAAACCUAGAUGUGAUCACUCCGCUUGCAGGGGCUUCAAACUGGGUGCACAAAUUAAGAUGGCCUGGCAGCAUAGAGUUUAGAAACGCAAAGAGAGUUCAGAUUAAAGGGGAUAGAAACGGAUUUUACAAAAAAGCAAGACAGUUAAGUUUCUGGUCCGUUUUUGGAUCUGGGCACUGGGUACCAGAGGAUAAUCCCGUCGCAAUGGAACAAAUAUUGAACUACAUAACGACAGACGACUCAGAAUAA